GUGACGUGUUUCCGCCCAGUGACCCUUUCUUGUCCUUCUUGCAGAGCUGCAGACAUGGUGCUAGAGAUGGAGAAAGUCCUUGCAGGGGAGCCAGAGGAGGAAGAAGCUGAAGAGGAAGAAGAGGAAGAUCUAGUGGAUCCUUUAACGACAGUGAGGGAGCUCUGUGAGCAGACCGAGAAAUGUGUAAAGGCGAAGGAGAAGACGGAUUUGUGCGAGUCCCGGGUUAACUCACGCUCCCAUACAGAGGAGGAAUGUACUGAAGAACUCAUGGAUUUCCUGCAUGCAAGGGACCACUGUGUGGCUCACAAACUCUUCAAGCAUUUGAAAUAGACCUAUUUUGUUUUCCCUCUUUGAAGUGAAACUUCAU